AUGUUAUUUAUCACCGUUACACGUGUGAUGAAUGGCCCUGAUUCGGGUGCAACUUAUCAUGCGUUGGUGUUGGUUCCCACGGCGCAAAUCCUGGGAGGCCCUGACCUCCACGUGGACCGCGGCAGCACCAUCAACCUCACGUGCAUCAUCAAGUACAGCCCCGAGCCGCCUGCGUAUAUCUUCUGGUAUCACCACGACGAGGAGCAGCCGCCCUCUCGCCUGCGGUUGAUGGCUCUCGUCGAACUGCGCAUCACUUUCAACGUCUUCUCUCAGGUGCCCCUUCGCCUGCCUGCCCCGCCCCCUUCCCGCCCCCACAGCGCGCUCGUGUGCUUGGCUGGCACCAAGCCGCACUUCGGCGGCAGUAUUCUGGAGAGGCCUUCGCGUAAAAAGAAGUGA